AUGCAAAUGUUCGGAACCAGCAACAUUAAAACAACAUCUGGAGAAAGAAAGGAAAACUUCAGAAUCCAUCUGAAAGCGCAUACAGAAAAAGAGUACAAAUAUUCAAUUGAUAUGACUCCGGACUUUUGUAUGCAAGUAAAGGAAGAAAUUACAAUUGAUGAAGAAGACUUUUAUGGGCUGGUAAAAAUUGAAGACGACGCCAGUGGUGAUCUAAGUAGCAGUGAAACUACAUAUGAACAAGCUGUGAAUGCUGCUGAAAUAAAUCAACGUCACUUUUUCCUGAUCAUUAGAACUGGAUUCCUGAUUUUGAGCGGUAACUUCUUCCAAAUCUAUAAGAAUAUAAUUAUUUGUAAACAAGUUGCUCAUGUUGCAACAGCUGUAGGUACCACAGAAUCCCACGUUGAUUUGAACUCAGACUUUUACAUUAAUGUGAAGGAAGAAAUUACAAUCGAAGAGGAAAAUAUGUGUGUGUUGGUAAAAGUUGAAGAGGAAACCAUUAGCAAUAUGAGUGAAACUGAGACUGUAACUGAGCACACUGCGAAGACUGCACAAGUAAAUCAGUAUAACUGUAACAUUUGCGCGACAUCGUUUGUAAAUAAAUCAAACCUGAAAAUUCAUUUGGUCACACAUUCAAAAGACCGGCCUUUUCAAUGCGAUAUUUGCGGCUUAAAGUAUAAGCAAAUAAGAUCAGGAAAUGAGGCGUACAUUGAAGUAAAAGAAGAGAUUACAAUUGAUGAGCAUAAUCUGACUGAAUACGAACAAUUAGACCUAAGACCAGAUGAUACGUCCAUGAGUCUAACAAGUCUACAGCUUAACGAACAUUUGCUCACUCAUGCAGAGGAACGCCCUCAUGCAUGCGACGUUUGCCAUCAAAGAUUCAAAGAGAAAAAUUCCAGAAUCAGUCGUUCCUUCAAGUAA